GUUGCAGUGACGGGCUGUGCAAGAGGUCAGAGGGAAGGAAUGUUCUGCUAAAGUGCAGAGACGCUUGAAAGAUCAGUUGCUGCCUGACCUGCUGGGAAGUCCUGCUACAUUCUGCAGAACUAUAACUUUGCAGAUGAACUGGUUUUGGACGAAGUGGUGCACCUGUUGCACAAGUUUUAUUCGAGCAGAAAAGUAGUAAAUGUUUGCUGAAUGAUUUACCUAAUACCGCCCAGAGAUGUUACACAAUUCCUGUACAUCAGGUUUGUUUUGGAAUGACUUCAACGGAAGUGCAUUAUGGGAGAAAUUAAAAUGCCUAUCUCAGAAGGCUGUUCCGUGCAACCUUAUGUAUCGAAGAGAUUAAUUUAAGACUUCACCAUGUCUGAACCAAUAACGCUGAAUGUAGGGGGAAGAUUGUACACCACUUCCCUGACUACUUUAACUCGCUAUCCAGAUUCAAUGCUUGGUUCAAUGUUUGGUGGAACGUUACCCAUUAAAACAGAUUUACAAGGAAACUGCUUCAUUGACAGAGACGGAAAGAUCUUUCGCUACAUCCUGAAUUUCCUUCGUACAUCACAUUUGGACCUUCCAGAUGAUUUCCAAGAGCUGGGUCUUCUGAACAGAGAAGCUGACUUUUUUCAGAUCCAACCUCUGCUGGAAGCUUUGCAGAAAAUCAAAGCAAAAGCUACUACAGUGAGAAUGAAUACAAUUCUUAAUAUUGGUUAUGACUCCCAUUUACAUAAUAUUGGUUCUUUUCCUGUAAAAAUUAUUAGUGUUGAAGUGUUUUCUUCAUCGUCUGCACUGUUGAAACUCCUAAACUCCAAGUUCUACUAUACUAUUAAUGGGGAGAGGACACUUAUAGAUACCAAAGAAGAGAACCAGAACUUAAUCUCCUUGGAAUGGGUUGAAAGUGGCUUAAAUGCAAUGGGAAGCCAGUAUUUAAUGCAGAAUUGGAAAAGCCUCCACGUCUCGGCGUCUCACCGGAAAAUCAAAAAUCUGCAAAUGUUUUUUCAACAAGUCAUCAAAGUAGCGGUGAAUGGCGGAUUCCUCCUUCAUUCCUUUCCCACCACUUCAUCCAGCCCAGUAAUUAUGCAAUUCACUCAGUGCUGAUAAAAUGGAUGCAGGUCCCAAUGUUUGCGUUUGAAACAAAAUUGCACAGCAUCCCUUCUUACAAAGAGCUGAAUCUUUUUUCCAUCCAUGUGCUUCAAAAUAAAACUCAUCGUGAAAAAUGAGUGGUAU